CUGGGCGGGGCAGAGGUGUUGCAGCUGGGAGGGGGAGUAAACAUGGCGGCGCACAGAGGCGCUCCGGAGAGGUUUACAGUCUGAUUUCCCGUGACAGGAGAGGGGGCAGUGGAAAAAUGGAGACCGAAGAGGAGCAGCACAUGACCACCCUGCUGUGCAUGGGCUUCUCGGAUCCGAGCACUAUCCGUAAGGCCCUGCGCCUGGCAAAGAACGAUAUUAAUGAGGCGGUGGCGCUACUCACUAACGAGAGGCCCGGGCUGGACUACGGCUAUGAACCUAUGGACAGUGGUCAAAGGGGGAGCGGGGAUGGCAGCAACCGGGGAAGCAGUGGAUUUGACCCACCUCCAGCUUAUCAUGAAGUGGUAGAACCCGAGGUAAGAGCUGAGGUCCUGAGAAGGGAGAGCACGCUGCUACCUGUCAUGGUGCGGGAGGGCACAGGCGGUGUGACACAAGGUGGGAGGGGAUCUGCAGCUGGAAUGACUGCACUGCUAGACACUGUCAUGUGGGGGUAUUAG